AUGUUUGCUGUUUGCCCACCCGGUGCCCCGGCGAAUGCCCCAUUCCGGCAGGGCCAGGGGGCCCCGGCGCUGGGCACGGCCGUCCCGGGGGCCGGGUGCGGGCAGGACUCCAACUCCAACUUCGUGGGAGAAGUGUGUGACAGCAACGAGAACUGGAGCCGGCCAGCGCCGGGGUCCCCGCCGGAGGAGGGCUCCAGCCGGAGCGAAAACACGACAAAUCCAUCUGAUAAUCUGCUGUUAUUAAUGCAGAGACAGAUGGUCCAGGGCCGGCUUAGGGACGCCGCCCCGAGUCUGGGCGCCGCGCGGCCGCGUCUCCCCGAGCGGGGGGCGCGCAGCCCCCCUGAGGGAGCGGAGGUCGGCGGGGCAGGGGGCCAAAACGCCGCUGCCGAGGAGCUGGCCGGGGGAUGUGGCAAGGCCCCGAGCUCCCCCGCGGAGGACAACGGCUACGCCAGCAGCUCCCUCAGCAUCGACAGCCCCGACAGCACCUGCGGGAGCGCCUGGGACCCUCCUGCCACUGCCCCCGUCCGUGGGAGCCCACCCCAGCCAGGGGCGGCCGAGCCCGAGCCAGGGACACUCUUCCCAGUGCUGGUGGAGGCCGUGCAGCACCUCCAGGACAAGGAGCGCUUCAAGGAGCGGGAGAAGGAGAAGCACCACAUCCAGCUGGUGAUGUACCGGCGCCUGGCCCUGCUGCGCUGGAUCCACGGCCUCCAGCAGAAAGUCGUGGACCAGCAGAACCGGCUGCAGGAGAGUUUCGACACCAUCCUGGAUAACCGCAAGGAGCUCAUCCGCUGCAUGCAGCACGGCCCGGCGUGCCCUGCCGGCACGGCCGCCCCCAGCCCCUGA